AUGUCUGCCACCACACCACUACCUUCCACCUACCGAGCGGUUGUCUGCCACGAAUAUGGCCAACCGCUCAAACUCGACACCCUUCCAACACCCGAGGCAGAGCCCGGCAGUGCAGUCGUGCAAGUCCUCGCUGCCCUUGUCGACCCUUCAGAACAGCACCGCUUGAUUCAGAGCAAGCGCAACCCCCACUUUAGCCAAGAAACCCCUUUCAUCCCCGGCAACGGUGCCGUUGGACGAGUCGCUGCACUUGGAAAAGAUGCCACAAGUAUGAAGGUCGGCCAGCUCGUUCUGUUGGAGCCCUUUCUACGGGGCCGCGACGAUCCCAACGCCCAAGCCCUCAGAGCCGUCUAUGAAGGACCCUCACCAUCAGCCAAGCGACUGACACACCAGGAGGGUCUCUGGCGGGAUGGCUUUUGGGCCGAAUAUGUUCGCGCACCUCUUGAGAGCUGCUGGCCACUAGACGAGGCUGCAUUGCUUGGACCAGUGGACCAGGGCGGCUUGGGAUAUAAAAUUAGCGAUCUUCCAUAUAUGAUGAAGCAUGCGAUUGCUUACGGCGGAUUCCGUUCCAUCGACCUCAAGCCUGGAGAGACUGUCAUUGUUACGCCUGCCACCGGCAACCAUGGCGGUGCAGCUGUUCAAAUUGCUUCGGCUAUGGGUGCUCGUGUUAUUGCCGUGGGUCGUAAUGCUGAUACCUUGAAAAAGCUUUCGGAGAACAAUGCCAGGGUGCACGGUGUCACUUUGACCGGGAACGUUGCGGAAGAUGUUAAGAUAUUGUCUCAAUUCGGCACCAUUGACGCUUUCAUGGACUUUACUCCUGCUACAAUGCCGAGUCCAUUGCACUUGAAGUCAUGCGUCGCAGCUGUGAAGCAGUAUGGCAAAGGUGUGCUUAUGGGAUUUCCCUAUGGUGAGUUCUCGCUGCCUUACGGGAUGAUGGUUGGCAAGAAUAUCACCAUCAGAGCACAGUUCAUGUAUGAGGCGUCAGACAUGCGGAGUUUCGUGAAGCUUGCUGAGCGAGGGUUGUUGAAGCUUGGAAAUGGCAGCGGCGUGGAAGUCAUUGAUGGAUAUACGCUCGAGCAGUAUGACGAAGCUGUUUCUAAGGCUGCCGAGCAGCAAUCAUGGGGAAGACAGGUUAUUUUUGAGCCAUUCAAAUAG